CUGUUUCACUACCUUGGUAUAUCAUACAUUAAUGACAUUUCUAUGUAUUCGAAAGUAGAGUUACUAGACUGAAUCGUACAAAGAAAAAUUAUUAAUAAUGGAUGUGAAAAAGAUACAUGAAUUUAUGGAAUUGGUUGGACGUCUGAAGCACAUGAAAAGAACUGGAUGGGUGUUAAGAAACAUUCCUGAUCCUGAAACAAUAGCAGGACAUAUGUACAGGAUGGCUAUUCUUUCUUUAUUAGCAGAUGGUGAAGAUAAUUUAGAUAAAAACAAAAUUAUGCAAAUGACUCUAAUUCAUGAUUUAGCUGAAUGUAUUGUUGGGGAUAUAACACCCAUUUGUGGUAUUUCUCCUGAGGAAAAACAUAGACGAGAAGAUGCUGCAAUGGAAGAAAUUUGUCAACUCUUAGGCGAUAAAGGUCCAAUUAUAUUACAAAUGUUUCGUGAAUAUGAAAAGCAAGAGUCUCCAGAAGCUCAAUAUGUGAAAGAUUUGGACAGACUGGAUUUAAUUAUGCAAGCAUAUGAAUAUGAGAAACGAGACAAUAUCCCUGGUAAAUUACAAGAGUUUUUUUCAUCGUCUCUAGAUAAAAUUAAACAUCCAUUCAUCAACAAAGUUGCUGCUGAAAUUAAUAUUGAAAGAAAUACUUUAUUUUCUAAUUUAAAUAAAACAGAAUGACAACAGAUUAAAAUAUGAAUUUAAUUUUUAAAUACAUAGAUUUAAUAUAUUAGAUAAGAUUUUAAUUACAGUUUUAUUUAUUUAAAAACAGUACAUUUUACUAAUUUAUACAAAUGUUACGUAACAAUAUACGUAACUAUUAUUAUGUUCAGUUAUAUAAAAUGUAAACAUACACAAUAGUAUAUACUAAAAGCAUACACAAAAGAACCUAAUAAAAAUUAAAGAGCAGAAGUAAAAAUAAUAGUGUUUACUAUUAUUAUGUUACUUAAAUAUUAAACGUUAAUACUAUACAAAGAAGUAGAAUUGCAAUUUGAUAAUGCAGGAUUGUUUUAUUUAUAAAAAUAAGUUAUAGUGAUAUAAAUUAUAUCAACUUUUGAUUUAACCACAUAUUGCUUUGUGGUUGUAUAUAUUUAUUGAUAUUGCUGUUAAUACACACACAACUAGAUGGAAUAAUUUGUAUACUAUACGUAUAAAGUUUGUAUAUUUAUCACUUGAUAAGCCAUUAAAAAAAAUGAAACAAGGAAAUAGUAUUAUAAAUUUAUGCCUUAAUACAGUGACAAAUAAAAUAUACAUUUGUACAUAAAUUACAAGAAAUAUUUCAAUUAAUAUACAAUUUUCAUUGAGUAUAUCAAUAUAGAAUACAUAAGCUUUAAUAUUUAAAUAUUUCAUCCUAAUGGAUAAAGAAACAAGAAUGAAUGAAGCGCAGUCAUGUAUGUGGAUCUAAUUAUUAUUUCAAGAUUUGAUUUUUAUUCAUGUUAUUUAACAUACAUUGUAUACUAGAAUUACAUACGUGUACCUAAUAAAAAAGUUUCCGACUAACAUAUUUUAUAAAUAAAUUCAUAUUUUUCGUUACGUU